AUGGAAAAAGAACCUGCUUCUCUCGAAACUCCCUGCUCUCCUGAUCUUCAAGAUAAAUGGAUUGAGAUCCAAGAUUCACUCAAGAAAAAGCUGAAGAUAGAAGAUGAUUGCAAUUGGAAAAUACCCACAUCAGAAGUACAAAAUCUUGAAGAAAAAACAGAAAAUUCAGAUUCAUGUGGUGCAAUCCUCAAGUAUGUGGGCGGAGUUGACUUGAGCUUUUCAAAAACUGAUCCAUCUAUUGCAUGUGCCACCCUUGUAGUUUUGGACCUCAAUACUCUUCAAGUUGUAUAUGAAGAUUAUUCCAUUGUUAAGCUGCAUAUUCCAUAUGUACCUGGUUUCUUGGCUUUCAGAGAGGCUCCAGUACUUGUAGAACUUCUCCAGAAAAUGAAGAAGGGAUCUCUUCCAUUCUAUCCACAGAUAUUGAUGGUUGACGGCAAUGGAAUACUUCAUCCUCGAGGCAUGGGAUUAGCUAGUCAUCUUGGUGUUUUGGCUAAUAUUCCUACUGUUGGGAUAGGAAAGAAUUUACACCACGUUGAUGGUCUAAGCCAAUCUAGAGUGAGACAACUCCUUGAAGCCAAGGGAAACUUGUCUCAAGAUGUCUUCACUUUGAUUGGGGACUCGGGGUCUACUUUAGGAGCGGCAAUGAGAUCGACUCAAGAUGCCUUGAAACCGAUUUUUAUUUCAGUUGGUCAUCGUGUAUCUCUUACCAGCGCCAUCAAAAUUGUGAAAAUGAGUUGCAGAUUUCGGGUCCCAGAGCCCAUCAGGCAGGCUGAUAUUAGAUCCAAAGCUUGCCUCCGGAAGCAUGGCUUAAGCUAG